AUGAGUAGUCCAAAGAUAGGUUGUUACGGUUUUCAUGACUUAACUUCAAUUCCAAACUUAAAUUCAAUUGGGAAAAUGAUGGACAAUUUUAUUAUAAGAAUGGAAAAUAUUUAAAUUGAUGCUACCUGUGACAAGAGUUCAGAAUAUGUAGCUUACAAUUUCUCAAUAAAUGCAUAAGAUAUUAGAUUUCUUCAAAAAUUUAACAGUUUUGGACAUUCAUGCAACAAUGUAGGAGGAAGUCCUGAAAUUUAAUUCAAUAUGGGUGACUCAGCUAUCCAUAAUGAAACUUUAUGCUUCAUAGGUUUGCCUUGCUAUGUAAAUUUUGGCAACUUCAGCAUGCCUUAAUGUUCAGAUGCUAACUCAUUUAAAAUAGAAAUUAGAGAUAGUGUUUAGGACUUGGAUUAGUUUACUGGAAAUUUUCAGCAUAGCUUUAAAAAUAUAACCUUUACCUAUUCUUUAAGAGAUAAUAUUAAAGGUGACUCGAGGAAGAUUUUCAUCGGUGAUCAUUAUCUUACGGUAAUAGGCUCGCUAUAAUUUCCAAAUAAAUUCAUAUAUACUACAAGUUAAGUAAUUGUGAAAAUAACUGUAGCAUAUUGCUUCAAUCACUUACACUUCACUAAUUCCCCGAUUCUCGUUGAUAUGAAGUAUAAAUUAGGUGAAGGUCCUAUUACAUAGAGUUUCAGACCUCAUUCUUUUGAGCCAAAUAGUUGUAGAUACUAAUAUGUUUUACAAAGCAGAGAUGAUUAAAUAAUUCCAAAGUGUAUCAGUCUUAACUAGGUGAAAUAAACAAUAUCAUUAAAUUGUUCUGAAAAUGGGUUUCUUGGGAAGUUUUAUCAACUAAGAGUUAAAGCUUAAUUUAGCGACUAAAAUUAAAGCUUGGCAGCAAACCCAGUAAUGGAUUUUAAUGUCUAAAUUAUAUCUGAUUCAUUCAAGGAAGUCCAAGCUUCAACAAUUAUGCAAUAUUCACCUUUUACAGACUAAAUAAUGAUAGAGGGGCAAGUACUAACUUUGAACUUGCCAGAAAUAAUUGUAAUGGAUAGUAAUAUAAGAAUUCAAGUUAAUUUGGGAUGA